UGUGCACCUUGUGCACGCAAGACCUUUUGUUAAAACUGACCCGAUCCGGCCAACAUCCGACAAAAAUCUAAGUGACCUGAAGAAAAAAAAAACCAAAAUAUUAUCGUCUAGGCUAGAACCUAUUACACCCGAUCCGUAAUAGACCGAUUACCUUUCGUUAGUACGAGCACUUCGUAUUUAGAUUAAUUUCAAAAUCAUGAUGAAUUGUAAAUAGUAAUCUAUUCAUUUAUAACUAUAUAUAAACUAUUAAACUCCCCCCAAAAAAUCAACACAAAAAAAAAGUCCAAAAAACAAAAUGGGAACACUUAACAGAGGAGUACCAUUGAUGAUCCAACAAGGGAAUGCUCUUGUGAAGAAGAACCUAUGGUUAGCAAUGAGGAGCAAGUACUCCUCAUUGCUUCAAUUGUUUGCACCUUUCAUCUUUCUCCUUUUCCUUUUCGCCGUCGACAAGUCUCGCCGUCAUCCUUCUACUUCGCCGGAGUUGAGGAAUCCUCCGGUGAUCAAUACGCCGUCGUCGAUUCCACCCUGUGAGACCAAGUUUCACAUUCGGCGGCCGUGUUUUGACUUUGUUUGGAGUGGUAACACUAGCCUUAAGGCACACGACAUUGUGUCACGUAUCAUGGCUAAUAAUCCUGGUCGUACCAUUCCUCCCUACAAGGUUAGAUCAUUUGGAACACCAGAUGAAGUUGAUGCCUGGCUUUAUAACGACCCUUUACGUUGCCCAGUAGCUCUGCAUUUUGUUGAGAAAACUGGUAGUGUAAUGGGAUAUGGUAUUCAAACUAAUUAUACAACUACAUCAAUUAGAGGCAAGUCUGAAAAUCCCACAUUACAGUUUCAAAUCCCUCUUCAAAUUGCUGCUGAACGCGAACUUGCUAGAUCAGUUUUGGCAGAUCAAAGUUUUAGCUGGACUGUGAGAUUGAAGGAACUGCCGCACCAUGCAGAAACUCUAGGAUACAACUCGUCUGGCUUAGAAUUCCUUGCACCGUUGUUUUUGUUCACCAUUGCCAUGUUUCCUUUUGUGUUUCAAGUUACUUCUAUUGUCCUGGAGAAAGAAAUGAAACUACGGCAGGCAAUGAACAUAAUGGGGCUCUAUGAUUCUGCGUAUUGGGUCUCGUGGCUUGUUUGGGAGAUCUUUGUCAUUCUCAUUUUAUCACUUUGUACUCUCCUAUCUGGGAUGAUAUUACAGUUCAGUUUUUUCUUGCACAACAGUUUUGCAAUAAUGUUCCUUCUUUUCUUCCUGUUCCAAUUGAAUAUGACCAGUUUCGCCUUUAUGCUAUCUGCUUUUCUGAGCAAGUCAUCUUCUGCAUUCAGAGCAGGAUUCUGGAUUUUUCUCAUUGGAAUAAUAUUACAGAUUACUGCUAUAGUAUCUGGUGCCUCCAAGAAAUCAAGGAUGCUAUACUUUCUCCCACCAUGUUUACUAUCGCAUGCACUCCAGAUGCUUGUCACCGCAACUGGAUCAGAUAACAGUCCCGGGAUUAGCUGGAGUAAUCGAGCAAAGUGUCCUACUGGUGAUUCUGAUUGUUACUAUACAAUGAAUGAUAUCUACAUGCGGCUUAUAUACACUUUUGUGUGCUGGUUUCUUUUGGCAUUGUACUUUGACAAUGUAAUACCUAGCAACAAUGGUACAAAGAAAUCACUGCUCUACUUUCUGAACCCGAGAUACUGGGUAGGAAUAGAAGGGAACAGGACUUCAGGAGGUAUAUGUGACUGCUUUCAUUCGGAGUCUGCGCUUGACAAUAUUACUCCAGGUGAUGUGGAUGUUCUUGAGGAAGAAAAUGACGUGAAACAGAGCAUGAGAUCAGAUGAAAUUGAUCCUAACAUUGCUGUUCAGAUCCGCGGUCUAGUGAAGACUUAUCCCGGAAAACUGAACUUUGGUUGCUGCUGCAAAUGCUAUAAGACUGAUCCUUUCCAUGCCAUCAAGGGUUUAUAUAUAAAUUUGCCUCAGGAUGAACUCUUUUGUCUUCUGGGACCAAAUGGAGCAGGAAAAACUACUGCAAUCAAUUGUUUGACAGGCAUAACCUCAGUCACAGCAGGAGACGCAAUAAUUUACAGAAACUCCAUAAGAAGCUCUGUUGGAAUGUCAAAUAUUCGGAAACUUAUAGGAGUUUGUCCCCAGUUUGACGUUCUUUGGAAUGAAUUGACGGGUGAAGAGAAUCUGCAGCUGUUUGCUAGAAUAAAAGGACUACAGCCUGCAUCAAUUACAGAGGCUGUAAAGCAUUCGCUGGAGGGAGCGAGACUAACAAAUUCUGCCAAAGUGAGAGCUGGUAGUUACAGUGGAGGAAUGAGGCGCCGCCUCAGUGUUGCAUCUGCUCUCCUUGGCGACCCUAAAUUAGUAAUUUUGGAUGAACCGACAACAGGUAUGGAUCCAAUAAGCAGGAGGCACGUAUGGGACAUAAUAGAAAAUGCAAAGAGGGGAAGGGUUGUUAUUCUAACAACACACUCAAUGGAGGAAGCUGAUAUUCUAGGGGAUCGCUUAGGUAUCAUGGCCAAGGGAAGGCUCCGCUGUAUUGGGACCUCAAUCAGACUGAAAACACGGUUUGGGACUGGUUUUAGUGCUAACCUGAGCUUAAAAAAUGACAACUCUGCAGAAAAUUCAGCUCAUAAGGAGACAGUGAAGGAGUUCUUCAGACAUAACUUGGGAGUUUCCCCGAAGGAGGAGAACAAUGCAUACCUUACAUUUGAAAUUCCCCGUCAGAAAGAGCCCCUUCUGAAGGAAACUCUCGGAGAACUUCAAGAUAAACAGCAAGAAUUUGGUGUAGCAGACAUCCAACUUGGCUUAACAACUCUGGAAGAAGUUUUUCUGAACAUUGCAAGGCAGGCAGAGUUAGAAAGUGCUGCAGCUGAGGGACGAACAAAGACUCUUACUCUAUCAUCUGGGACACUUGUUCAGGUACCUGUGGGAGCUAGGUAUGUGGCGAUUCCAGGAUCCGAGACUGCAGAGAAUCCUCGAGGCAUUAUGGUCGAAGUACAUUGGGAACAGAACGACUCAGGUGCACUCUGCAUUUCAGGACAUUCAACCGAGAGGCCAGUUCCUCCAAAUGUACAACCAAGUCUCCCUGUGGCUCAUCCGAGGUCUUUGGGGAAACCAGAAGGAACAGUGGGAAGGGUGAUUGAUCCUAGUCAAUUAUCCGACACUAGCUUCCAUUCAUAGACCAAGUUAUGAUCCUCGAUUUUAAGUGUAAAACCCAAGAUUUGAUGUAAAGCUGAAGCUAUUAAGAUCAAUAGAUCAUUAUUGAAUCUAUAAA